CCGCGCAGCCCCGGCCGGAGCGGCCAUGCGCCUCAUCCAGAACAUGUGCACCAUCGCCGAGUACCCCGCCCCGGGCAGCGCCGCCGCCGAGUGCUGCCUGGCCGCCGCGGGCCGCCGCCUGGUCAAGAUCGCCGUGGUGGGGGCCAGCGGCGUGGGCAAGACGGCACUGGUGGUCCGGUUCCUCACCAAACGGUUCAUCGGUGACUACGAAAGAAAUGCAGGUAAUCUCUAUACCAGACAAGUUCAGAUAGAAGGUGAAACCCUGGCUAUUCAGGUUCAAGACACUCCAGGUAUCCAGGUCCAUGAGAACGCCUUGGGCUGCAGCGAACAGCUGAAUAGGUGCAUUCGCUGGGCAGAUGCUGUGGUGAUGGUUUUCUCCAUCACGGACCACAAGAGCUAUGAACUCAUUGGCCAGCUUCACCAGCACGUGCAGCAGCUGCACCCGGGCACCCGCCUGCCCGUGGUGGUCGUGGCCAACAAAGCUGACCUGUUGCACGUCAAACAGGUUGACCCUCAGCUCGGACUGCAGCUGGCCAGCAUGCUGGGCUGCUUAUUCUAUGAAGUGUCCGUCAGCGAAAAUUACAACGACGUCUACAACGCCUUCCACGUCCUGUGCAAAGCAGUCAGUCACAAACAGCAGCCUAGCAGCACGCCUGAGAAGCGAAGAAGCUCCCUCAUUCCCAGGCCCAAGUCACCCAACAUGCAGGACCUGAAGAGGAGGUUCAAGCAGGCGCUCUCUGCCAAAGUGAGGACUGUCACCUCCGUCUGAAACAGGCACUCAAGGGGAUUUGGUCUCUCCAGGAAGAGGGCCCGAGGUUCUUCCAGUGCAGGAACAUUGAAUGCUGUCGGUAAUUCAUGGUUCCAGAAAGGGCUGGAGCAGAAAGGCCAAGAGGGCUUAUGGAACCGCUACAGAAAAAGAAGCGUUGUUCCGAGCAGGGGGACGGAACUGACGAGGCUUGAAAGAGCCCACCGAGCCACUCUCUGAAUGUGUGAAAUGUCCUCUGUGUCUUUUCCUUUGGAGUGGGGAGGGGUAUGAUUGCUUUGGUUUUUGCUCCUAAAUACCUUGUAAAUGAUGGUCAGUUGUAGUUUCACCAAAUAUAUGCAUGUGAUUUACGGUGGGAUGAAAGAACAGAUUAAGUAUUCACAGAUUUUCUUUUUUCUCCCUUCUUUCUUUUUUCUUUUCCUUUUUGUUCCCCCAAGAGGAAGAGUUGCUUUUCUCAGUAUGAUUUGAAUCUCUGGAACACCGUUCUUAUAGAACACCCCUCUAACCUAAAGGAUAUCCAGAUUUCUUGCUUUAAGAAUAAGAAGGAAAAUGCCCCUCCCCCAAAAAAGGUCAAGUUUAUGGGCCACAAUAUUCUUUAUACAGACACUGAUGGGCUCGCCUGGUUGGCAGGAAGGUGCCGCUUCCUCCCGACAGGAUGGAUAAUGCUCAGGUGUUGGGUGUGCGUUGGGUGAUUUGAACUCAAACUCUUCAACCCCAGGCUUUGACUAAUUGUGAGACUGUAUAAUUUGUUUGUUUUUAACGUGUUGCAUCAGGUACAGAAAGAAGUGUGUCCAUUGAUUUUGGUGUGAUUUGUGUAAAUGGCUCAUGGCUAUGACGUUGGGUUGCUUCCUAGGCCUGGCUGAGUUGUGCCCGUGGGUGGCUGAAAUACAGAAACACCGUCGUACAGCGAGCGGACAGACAGAUGCAGGCGCUACCUGCCAAAUCCCCGACACAGAUGCACUUUAAGAAGCCACUCAUGCUUUGGCUUAAAUUGUCAUUAAUUUAUUUUAUGUACAAUAAAUCUCAUUU